AAAAUCCACCAUCAAAUUAUCAAACAAAAGAAAUAUCCAAAUAAUAACCCAAAGACCCAAACGAAGUGCAAAAUUUUCUCUGCUAUACAGAAAGCCAGACCCCCCCUCUCUCGUAUAUAUGUAUACACAUACGAAUGUACAUAUAUAUACCUAAUAUAUAUCCAUCGAAUAUAUAUACCAAUCUAUAACUGAGUAAAGAAGGGAAAAAUAAGAAAGCUACGCGAAUGUGCGCUUUUGGUUACUUAUUGUUUUUCGCCCUAUUGCUAACAACAAUUCUGGUGCUGUCUAUCAUAUUUGCCACGACCUCAAAGCGAUCCAUGUUGGACAGCUUUAUCCUCGUAUUUAAUUACACACAAGAACAACAACAACAACCACUACAACAAAAACAGCAAGAGGACUAUCUGGAACAGACACAAAUGUUCCUGAAACAGAAAUUCUUUUGAGUUUUUGAAUAGUAAAUAAGUCUUAG